GCCCAAAUUAGAAAACGCAAUCUUGUUCUUCUUCUUCUUCUUCCUCAAGCCAGUUUCACAGAGAAAGAGAUGGAUCCGCAACUAACGGAGGUUUCUCAGCAGUUCGAGAGGUUUAAAGCUGCGUUUAUAAGAAAAGAUUUCGAUUCAUGUACCAAUCUCUUGUCUCAGCUUAAGGUUCUUCUGACUAAGUUCACAAGUCUUCCACCUUUGUUUGAGAAUACUCCUAAUGCAGCUCAAGAAUUGACAAUUGCUAGGGAUAUUUAUGAGUAUGCUGUUGUUUUAAGCGUAAAAACGGAGGAUCAAGACUCGUUCGAGAGAGAUUUCUUCCAGUUGAAACCGUAUUAUGUUGAUGCUAGGAAUCGUAUUCAGUCAUCUCCGCAAGAGAAUCUAAUCCUGGGGUUGAACCUACUGCGACUGCUUGUUCAGAACAGAAUUGCUGAGUUCCACACUGAGCUGGAAUUACUUUCGUCUGCAACCUUGGAGAAUCCUUGCAUCAAGCAUGCAGUGGAGCUCGAGCAAUCCUUCAUGGAAGGUGCGUAUAACCGUGUGUUGAGUGCUAGACAAACCGCACCUGAUGAGACUUACGUGUAUUUCAUGGAUCUCUUGGCAAAAACCAUUAGAGAUGAAAUAGCUGGAUGCAGCGAGAAAGCGUACGAUCAUCUCUCAGUCAGUGAAGGUAGUAAGAUGUUGCUCUUCUCUUCUGAUCAAGAACUGUUAACAUAUGUAAAUGAGGAGCACCCGGAGUGGGAAGUAAAAGACGGGUUAGUUGUGUUCCAAAAAGCCAAAGAAACCGCACCGUGCAAGGAGAUACCGUCACUUCAACUCAUCAAUCAGACUCUCAGCUACGCCAGAGAGCUCGAGCGUAUCGUCUCUACAUCUUUAGCGAUAGUUCUUCAUCAAUCUUCCAAUCAUGACGAACUCUUCAUGAAGCAAACUCUUCAAUUCUCAGAAACUCUCAAGGAUUUAAAGAAUCUGCGGAAACAGUUAUACUCAGCAGCUGAGUACUUCGAAACAUCUUAUGGCAAAGAAGAACACAAAGAAACAGUGAUAGAGACAUUGAAAGAGUAUGCAGCAAAGGCAGUAGUGAACACAGUGGAUCAUCUUGGUUCUGUCUCUGACAAAUUCAACUCUUUUCUCUCUGAUAACUCAACCCAUUUCUCCACCACUCAUCUUCGUUUAUCUUCACUUGAACAAAGGAUGAGACUAUGCAGAGAUUACAUGGGGAAGAGUGGGACUCAUCAGCAUUUGCUUCUAUUUCAAUAUCCUCGCCAUCAUAAGCGUUACUUCUUCCCUCAACAAGGAAGAGGCACAAGUUUCUCUGCAGGAGAUGACUCGCACCGGUUCAAGAGUGCUGUUCGAACAACAAUACUAGAAAACCUCCCAAAUACUGCAAGGAAAGCUAACAAGACAGGAAGCUUCUCUUUUGCACCCAUCAUACACAACAACAUCAACAACAGAACACCAAAUAAAAGAACAAACUCUCCUAUGAAAUUCCCUCUUCUACGUUCAGGAUCUCUACUGAAACGUUCAAGCUCCCCAAGCCAACCAAAGAAACCGCCCUUACCGGAACCUCAAAGAGCGAUAUCUAUGUCGAGAAAUACAGAGAUAGUGGAGAUAAAGCAAUCUUCAUCGCGAAAAGGAAAGAAGAUUCUGAUGCUCAAGGCAUUGAUGAGUAUGAGCAAGUCCAGAAACUAAAUCUCUCCCCCUUGUAUUUUGAUAAUGACAAGAUUUGUACAAAACUAAUGUGAAAUAAGAGAGUAAUGCUCAU